AUGCUUUCUUCUCCAAUAAAUCUAAUAAAUCAAUUGUCAUAUCGUCAAAUUCAAAAUGAAUUAAAAAGACGUCGUGUGGAUUCAAAUGGAAAGAAAAAUGAUAUUGUAAAACGAUUAAAAGUUGUCUAUGAAAAAGAAUCAAAAAAUCAAACAACAAAUCUAACAAAUUUUUAUGAUUUACCAAAUGAAAUCUUUCGAGAUAUUUUCGAUUAUUUAUGUCCAAUAGAUAUUAUAAAUUCAUUUUAUGGACUUAAUUAUCGUUUUAACGAACUUAUUAAAACUAUUCCAAUGAAAUUAAAAUUUAAUAAAUUAAAUAAAAAUGAAUAUAAACGUGUAUUAAAACAUAUUGUACCUAAAAUAAACUUACAACUAUAUUCAUUAGAAUUAGGUGUCCUAUCAAAAACAAUUCAUUCAUUUAAUUCAGAAAUUUCAAUUGAUUUGUUUACUCAAUCAUAUAAUUUCACACAAUUCGUAAAUCUUCGUUGUUUAUCUUUAACAUCACCUAAUCUUGAACAAUUGAAAUCAUUAUUUCAAAUCAUACCUAGUAUGUUAUCUCUUCGUUCACUUCGUCUUCUUGAACAUGAUUAUUAUGGUUCACAAAAUGAAACAGUAUGUAAACUUACACUUGCUAAUAAUCAUCGUUAUUCAAUGAAAACUAAUCAUCAUCUUUCACAUUUAUUUAUUGAAACAAGUCCUCCAUUUAAAACGUUAACUCUUAUUCAAAAAUAUUUUACAAACAAAAUCUCUUUUGAUUGUAUACAAUUGAAUAUUCGUUGUGCUUUAUUUUUUUAUCCACAUUCAUUAACAUAUAUUGAUUGCGAUGGUCUAUCUCGUCUUAUAUCGAAUAUGAAUUAUUUAAAAAUCGAUGUUACUGUUGGAACAUAUUCACCAGCGUUUGAUUUAAUUCGACGUUUUCCACAAAUACAACAUUUAUCUGUAAGAACUAUUUCAAAAGCAUAUGCUAAUGGUCAUCAAUGGGCUGAAUUACUUGCUCAAAUGUCAAAUAUAAAUAAACUUGAUCUUAAUAUUUAUCUUGAUACGUAUAAUUCUAAUCAAGAAUUACAAACAUUUCAAACAAAAUUUUGGCUUGAACGACAAUGGAAUGUUGAAUGCAGUAAAAAACACAAGAAUUCUUCUGAAUGUAAAAUAACAUAUCGGAGUAAUCAAGUUCGAUAA